GUCCCUUAGCAGGGGGAUGGUUUAUCACCGGCUUCCUGCUACGCAAUCGGGAACACUCACUAUCAGUCGCAAAGAUGGGUGUUCCGCGAUCAGUUCGUUCUUGGCUAAUUCUGUUGUUAUUGGUCGUGAUCGGUAGCCGUUUGGAGCCUGUGCUUGGUUCUACUAACUGUAGCCGUGUGUACGAUAGUAAUGUGCAGUGUGGUUUACCUGUGCUUCAUCCUUCCGGUCUACCGAAACAUCUCUCAGAAGCGUUGCAUGGUGAAUUCCCAUGGCAUGUAGCUAUCUAUCAGAUCGAGUAUCGCAUCCCGGUGUACAGCUGUGGAGGAUCACUUAUUAGCAACCGGUACGCGCUGACGGCGGCUCACUGUGUGGUCAAUGCGAACAAUGGCUACACGCUGAGUCCGGACAACUUCAUGCUGCAGAUGGGAUAUCAUGAGUUGGGACUGGCGGUGCCAGGAUGCAGUCAGCAGAUGGGUGUAAAACGGGUGUACGUGUAUCCAGAGUUCCGUACCGGUACCUAUCGGCAUGAUUUAGCUAUUUUAGAACUAGAACGUCCGGUUCACUUCAACGAUCGUGUGUUGCCAGUUUGUCUGGAUACGGAUGAGGAAGAUCCGACCUCUUUCUACCGUCAGAUUGGUAAGGUAGCCGGUUGGGGAUAUACCGAGUUUGAUGAGGUGUCCGCCUGUUUGCGCAUGACCGAGGUACCAAUCGUCAACUAUACACGCUGUCUGGCAAGCAACCCUGAGGUGUUCUCCAAUACAAUCUACGACGGAAUGUUCUGUGGUGGAUAUGCAAAUGGAACCAACGUGUGCAAUGGGGAUUCUGGUGGAGGUUUCGUCACCUAUCGUAACGCCCGUUGGGAACUGCAAGGAAUUGUAUCUUUUACCGCUUUGCGUGACUCGGAAAUGGCCGUCUGUGACACGAAACAGUACGCGGCGUUUGUCAAGUUGCGCUACUACAAAGGUUGGAUUGGAAGUGUGUUGAACGGAACCUGGCAGUGGUCCAAAGGUGACAGGUUGAUACAGUUAGACGAUGCGUCCACGGAGAAGCCGCAACAGCCAGCAGAUAUGCCUACCGAUUGUGGUAAGCGCAAGAUCAACAAGAUGCCACUCAUCGUGAACGGUGUGCGUAGUAUGGCCGGUGAGUGGCCGUGGCAUGCGGCGCUCUUUGCGGUGUCGAAACGAUCACGUGACUACGUCUGUGGUGGGACGCUCGUCAGCCAGCGGCACAUCUUGACGGCGGCCAGCUGUGUUGCCGAUUGGCACCACCGGAAGCGGCCGUACGUCGUGCAGCUGGGACAGCAUCAACUGUGGGAAAGUUCACUGACGGGUCGCGAGGUGCGCGUACUGGACAUUGAAACUAGCGACGAUAGUACGAUGGCACUGCUGAGGCUAGAGGUGGAUGUGCAGUACGAUGACUACAUACAACCGAUCUGUCUGCCGACGGUGCCACAAAAUGCAACAAGCGGCGAGUCGAAUGAUGGUGAGCUGCGGAUCGGUUCAAGUGGGCUUAUUGCGGGCUACGGACAAACGGAUCCGGAUGGGAAUCCAUCGGCGUACCUGCAGGCCGCCCUGAUGCCGAUUGUUGACAGCGGACUGUGUGUGAUCUAUCGUAUCUUUGACAAGCACGAAGCUCACAAGAUGUUUUGUGCUGGGCAUGGGAAUGGUACUAAUGCAUGCCGCGGUGAUCAAGGCGGUGGGUUUUACGAAGAAUCGCAGCAGGGCUUCUUUACACUAACCGGCGUCAUCGGCAAGAUCAAUCUCUAUCGCAAACGGUGCGAUCCGUAUGGGUACGUUGGGUUAGCUAAUGUGAUGCACUAUCUCGAGUGGAUAUUGGAUCGUGUGAGAAGUGCACUGACCUUUGACAUACCGGUGAAACCUCCAGGACAUCCCAAGGGACACUCCAAGGGUUGUAGACGUAAGCAUCAUCAUCAUCACCAUCAACAUGGAUCACACGAACAUGGUACCAUCACCAGUAAACCAAACAAGCGCAAGGGAGGAUCUGGGGAAAGCGGUUCCAACGAGAACAGCAACGAAAGUAGGGAACGCUCUAUCACAUCGUCCGUUAAAAACGUGAUGCAGGCGAAGGUGGACCUAGUGAAGGAUAUACACGGUGUGGCUGGUUCAACAAUUAAGAAGAUUUUUGGUUAAAUAAGAUAGCGAUGCAAGCAAC